AUGAGGACUGAUACAGACUUUAACAAUGAAGCUGAAAUGAGGACUGAUACAGACUUUGACAAUGAAGUUGAAAUGAGGACUGAUACAGACUUUAACAAUGAAGCUGAAAUGUGGACUGAUACAGACUUUAACAAUGAAGCUGAAAUGAGGACUGAUACAGACUUUGACAAUGAAGCUGAAAUGAGGACUGAUACAGACUUUGACAAUGAAGUUAAAAUGAGGACUGAUACAGACUUUGACAAUGAAGUUGAAAUGAGGACUGAUACAGACUUUGACAAUGAAUUUGAAAUGAGGACUGAUACAGACUUUGUCAAUGAAGUUGAAAUGAGGACUGAUACAGACUUUGACAAUGAAGUUGAAAUGAGGACUGAUACAGACUUUGACAAUGAAGAUGAAAUGAGGACUGAUACAGGCACUGACAAUGAAGUUAAAAUGAGGACUGAUACAGGCUUUGACAAUGAAGUUGAAAUGAGGACUGAUACAGACUUUGACAAUGAAGCUGAAAUGAGGACUGAUACAGACUUUGACAAUGAAGUUGAAAUGUGGACUGAUACAGACUUUGACAAUGAAGUUGAAAUGAGGACUGAUACAGACUUUGACAAUGAAGUUGAAAUGAGGACUGAUACAGGCUUUGACAAUGAAGUUAAAACGAGGACUGAUACAGACUUUGACAAUGAAGUUGAAAUGAGGACUGAUACAGACUUUGACAAUGAAGAUGAAAUGAGGACUGAUACAGGCACUGACAAUGAAGUUAAAAUGAGGACUGAUACAGGCUUUGACAAUGAAGUUGAAAUGAGGACUGAUACAGACUUUGACAAUGAAGCUGAAAUGAGGACUGAUACAGACUUUGACAAUGAAGUUGAAAUGUGGACUGAUACAGACUUUGACAAUGAAGUUGAAAUGAGGACUGAUACAGACUUUGACAAUGAAGUUGAAAUGAGGACUGAUACAGGCUUUGACAAUGAAGUUAAAACGAGGACUGAUACAGACUUUGACAAUGAAGUUGAAAUGAGGACUGAUAGACUUUGA